AUGACUAACGAAACAAACGACGCGUUAAAAACAUUAGUAACUAAACGGGGAAUAAUCAAGGGUUCGGUUACUCGAAUUAAAACAUUCGUGGAUAAAUUUAGAGCAGGCGAUGAUAUCUAUCAAUUAAAAACUAGGCUACCGAAUCUCCAAAAUGCAUUCAAGGAAUUUGAUGCCAUACAGCGGGAUAUUGAAUUGUUAAAGUGCGAUACCGAGGAACAAACAAGCGAGCGCGAUGAAUUCGAAAAUCGGUAUUAUGAUUUAGAAGCAAGGAUCCUAAAGUUAAUCGAGUCACGUGUUACAGAACCUAUUCCUUCAACGUCUAGUACUAAUAACGACAAUAAUCAGGCGCGUUUAAAUCCAGUUAGACUGCCGUCGUUAGAAUUACCCAUAUUUUCAGGAUCAUAUUUAGAGUGGACAGCAUUUUCAGACAUUUUCAAAUCAUUAAUCCAUGACAGUAGAUUAGAUAGUGAUGUUGAAAAGCUGCAUUAUUUGAAAUCGUGCCUGAAGGGCGACGCACAUAAAACAAUCGAGGCCAUAAAAGUAUCAGAAGCAAAUUACAAAUCAGCAUGGGACCUGUUAGAAAAAAGGUUCAACAAUAAGCGUUUGAUUGUCCAAGAGCAUGUUUUGGCAAUCAUUAAUUCCCCAAAUUUAGUCAAAAAUUCAGCCGUGGCCAUGCGUAAAUUAUUGGACGACAUAUUGACAAAUAUUGCGGAAUUAAAAAAUGUAGGUAUACAAGUUCAACAAUGGGACGCGCUAAUUGUACCACUUAUCACAUUAAAAUUUGAUUUUAUUACAAAGAGGGAUUGGGAGUGUACAUUGGAUACCAGUGUUCCAACAUUAGAGGAAUUAAUUACAUUUUUGACAAAGAAAACCACAUUAUUAGAAUCGCUAACUGCCGGAGAAUCUCUCAUGCAAAACAUUCAGUGCAUUCAAAUUUAA